AUCACCUUCUAUGACGCUUUCCCUGUCUCCGGCAGCUGGUCAAUGCGAUGGCUCUCACGCUGGACGGUCGCAGGGCCUACACCUGUAUCCUAACCAAAGGACCCGUUCUCAUCCUUCUUUGCUGUGCACUUUCGCUCUCAUGGAUGUUCAAAUGGACGAACGACCCUGCCUUGGUAACCAUACCACUUCACGCUGAGGAAAUACUCCAAAAGUGCCAGAAUCUACACGUUUUACCGGGACCACCACUGAGCAGAACAGAAUCCGAUAGGUAUGUACAGACGACGAGGCCGACGCUGUUGAAAAAUGCGAUGAUUUGGACCGGACGCGUUUCUGGCUCUGAAGUUGUGAGAGGCGACCUGUUGAUGGAUAAAGGACUGAUCAUGGAGGUCGGAGACAUUGAUCCAGAAGUGCUGGACGCGUUCGGCCGCGAGCUCGUCGUUCAGGACGUUGGCGGGGCAUGGGUUUCGCCAGGAAUCGUCGACCUUCACUCUCACCUGGGAAUAUGCUACUCUCCGGAUCUCAACGGAUGCUCAGACGGGAACUCAUUUCACGGCAUCGCACAACCAUGGCUUCGUAGUCUCGACGCCCUCAAUAUUCACGACGAUGCCUAUCGUCUUUCCAUUGCGGGAGGAAUUACAACAGCGCUUAUCCUUCCUGGUUCCGCUAAUGCCAUCGGUGGACAGGGAUUUGUGAUCAAAUUACGCCCUACAGAAGAAAAAACUCCCUCUUCGAUGUUAUUGGAACCGCCUUUUUCGUUGAAUGGCUCGUAUGUAAACCCUUCACUACCCCCGAGGUGGAGACAAAUGAAACAGGCGUGCGGUGAGAAUCCAAGCCGUGUCUAUGAAGGAUCGCGAAUGGACACAAUCUGGGCAUUUCGUCAAGCAUACGAUAUGGCCCGAACCAUCCGGGAUAAACAAGACGCGUAUUGUAUUAAAGCUCUUGCUAGCCAAUGGUCAGGCCUAGGUGAUUUUCCCGACAGUCUUCAGUGGGAAGCGCUUGUGGAUGUGCUCCGAGGACGCGUCAAGAUACACAACCACUGCUACGAGGCUGUAGAUCUGGACGGUAUAGUAAGGCUCUCAAAUGAGUUCAAAUUCCCAAUUGCGGCUUUUCAUCACGCGCAUGAAACCUACCUUGUCCCGGACCUCCUCAAAAGAGCAUAUGGAGACCCUCCGGCAUCAGCUGUCUUCGCGACCUUCGCGCACUUCAAGCGAGAAGGUUAUCGCGGUUCGGAAUUCGCUGCUCGCAUUUUGUCUGAGCAUGGUUUAGACGUGGUCAUGAAGAGUGACCAUCCGGCAAUGAAUUCGCGGUACCUGCUCCAUGAAGCACAGCUGGCACAUUAUUAUGGAUUGCCGGAUAAUAUUGCGCUUGCCUCUGUUACGUCUACUCCCGCCAAAAUCAUGGGUGAGGACCACAGGAUUGGAUACAUAAAACCAGGAUACGACGCAGAUGUCGUCAUCUGGGAUAGCCAUCCUCUCGCUUUAGGUGCCACCCCUAAGCAAGUGUACAUCGACGGAAUAGUCCAGUUCAACAAGCCCUACUCGAGACCAAAGCCGCUGUCUCAUCAACAUAUUCCAAAAACACCGGAUUUUGACCAAGAUGCCGUAGAUGCUGUGAGGUACGACGGCUUGCCUCCCCUCCAGGCAAAGAUAUCGACUUCGGAUGUCGUAAUCUUCACAAACGUGACGAGCGUAUUCAUGAAAGGCAGCCGACGUAUAGAACAGGUAUUUUCUGCUGCUGAUGACAGGCUGGCAGGCAUCGUUGUUGUCAAAGAUGGAAAGGUCGUGUGCCGGGGAAUAGAGCCAUGCCUUGAGGUUCAUUCUGACUCAAAUGUUAGACGCGUGAAUCUAAUGGGUGGGUCGAUAGCUCCUGGCCUCAUCACUGUCGGCUCGCCCUUGGGACUAACCGAUAUCGAUCUCGAGGACAGCACUAAAGACGGGCUGGUAAUUGAUCCCUUGUUGUCCGAAAUCCCGAACUUAGUGGGAGGGGGAGAAACGGUCAUACGAGCAGUGGAUGGUUUGCAGUUCGCGUCUCCGGAUAUGCUACUGGCUUAUCGCGGAGGGGUUACUACUGCUGUAACCGCGCCAGAAUCUUCCGGAUUCUUGUCUGGCUUAAGUGGGGCGUUCACUACCGGUGCUGCACAUAAGUUGGAGGAUGGUGCUGUGAUACAAGACGUCGCGGCGCUGCAUGUUAUAGUGUCCAUGUCUUCAGAUAUCAGUGUUAGCACUCAACUGGGUGCUCUCAGACGACUGCUGUCUGGCGAGAUACAUGGGGAUCUAGGUGCGCAGUUUAAGAAGGUCGUGGAGGGUGAACUACCGCUUGUCGUGACAGUCUACAGCGCAGAUAUCAUGGCGUCUUUGAUGCAACUCAAACAAGAAGCCGAAAAGAGAUCCGGGAAAGCUAUCCGUCUGACAUUCCUUGGAGCGUCCGAAGCCCAUCUUCUCGCUACCGAGAUAGGCAACGCUGGCGUCGGCGUAAUCCUUGGCCGUGUACGGCCUUUCCCUACCGACUGGCAAUCAAGGAGAAUUCUCCCCGGCCCGCCACUUUCUGAGGACAGCGCCCUCGAUGUACUCCUAUCGCACAAUGUCACAGUGGGCAUCGGCCUUGAUAUCCUCGGUUUGGGUCCACAGAAAAGUUCCGCUCGGAAUACUAGAUUUGAUGCAGCCUGGGCUGCACUUGAAGCUCGCACGGAGAUAUCUCAGUCCGGUGCUCUUGCGUUGGCGUCGGUGAAUUUGGAGACCCUGCUUGGUGUGGAUGAUGAUGAAGACUAUGAUAUGGUGGUGACGGCGUUUGGGACUUUGCUUGAGUUUGAGAGUAAGGUUGUUGGGGUUAUCUCGUCUAGACGUGCAGUGGUUGAUCUAUUCUGAGAAUGAUGUCUAGUCUUCGGGUUUAAAAACUAUUUGAUACGGCUUCGCCUGUUUUUGGUCGAAGGCGAAUUCCCGUAUUUUGGACGCUGGCAAGCCAAGUCGGUUAUACGUCCCGGCUCCGACGAAGCGCCAAAACUUCAUCGUUUCUUUCACCCCAUCAUCAUCCUAAUCACGGAGAAAUGCCUUGGAAUCCUUCCGAACUCACGACGAAACGGCUGUUUCCUUCACCUUCAAGUGGCUUUCAUGUGUCUGUAGCGCCCUCGAUUCUUCGACUCGUAACCGUUUUAAGGAUGUCCAGUGGACAAAAGGUAGAUUAAUGAAAGCUGAUAUACUUUUGUACGUUUACAUCCCCAAUUGCUAUGAUUAGACUACAUACCACCCUUGAACUGUCUCAUUACACUCUGGUUGCUGCUACAUGUCGGAAGACCACGC